CUCGUUUCCUGCUGCUCCCGAUCCAAGGAGCUCCAGAGCCGUGAGGAGCUUCAGGCUGGAGAGAAAAUCAAAGCUGCUCCCGAGGAUGAGCGCCGCGAUCCUGCUGCUCCUGCUUUCCGCCGGGAAUGCCGGAUCCCAGCCGGAGAAGGCGCUGCCCAGGCGGCGCCUGGCGUGCGUGAGGUGCUGCGGGCCCUCGGAGCAGCCCGUCUCCAUCUUCUCCCAAAGGUCGGCCAGGAUGAGCGGCCACCCCGAAUAUUCCGUGCCCAAAAUCCAGCCCACCAUCGACAUCACCAUCCUCAAAGGCGAGAAGGGCGAGAUGGGCGAGAGGGGAUUCCCUGGAGCCGCCGGGAAGGCGGGAGAGCGAGGAUCCCGCGGCCUGAGUGGCCGGAAGGGCCAGAAGGGCCAGCCCGGCCCCCAGGGCCACUCCUGCAAGCAGCUCUUCGCCGCCUUCUCCGUGGGCCGCCGGAAGCCCCUGCACAGCUCCGACUACUUCCAGCACGUCACCUUCGACACGGAAUUCGUCAACCUCUACCAGCACUUCAACAUGUUCUCCGGGAAGUUCUUCUGCUACGUCCCGGGGAUUUACUACUUCAGCCUCAACGUGCACACCUGGAAUUUCAAGGAGACCUACGUGCACCUGAUGAGGAACGAGCAGGCCGCGGCCAUCCUGUACGCCCAGCCCAGCGACAGGAGCAUCAUGCAGAGCCAGAGCCUGAUGCUGGAUCUGCAGGAAGGCGACGAGGUCUGGAUCCGGAUGUUCAAGAGGGAGAGGGAAAACGCCAUUUACAGCGAGGAGUCGGAUGUUUACGUCAUCUUCAACGGGCACCUGAUCAAACCCGCCCUGGAGUAGGAGCUCCUCAGCUCCAGGGCAAAGCUUUGGGCCAUCCAGCAGUGUCUUCCCUCUAGAAGUGCAUCUUGAAUUCCCAUCUGGAAUGGUUGUAGCCCUGGAAGAGCUGUUUCGCCGCAUCUGUGCGGAUCCAAGCUGCGCAAGAAUUCCGGAAGGUUCCCAGCUCCCUUUGUGGCCCCUCGGGAGCAUCCCUGGGGUUUGUCCGUUUGACAGCAAAAAAUUCCCCUUCUUUCCCUGCGUCUCCCGUUCCAUUUGGAAUAUUUGCAGCCCUUGGAAGGGUGGUUUUUCCACUCAUUUAUGGAUGGAGGGAACUGUUCCAACUGCACAAGAAUUCCACAAGUUUUCCAACUCUCUGCGUAGCCCCUCAGGAACAUCCCUGAAGAGUUGCCAAGUUGGCAGCAAAAAAUUUCCCUUCUUUCCCUGCAUCUCCCAUUCCGUGUGGAAUAUUUGUAGCCCUCGGAAGGGUGGUUUUCCACCCCCGUGUGGACAAAGGUGAUUGUUCCACCUGCACAAAAAUUCCAGAAGGUUCCCAGGUCCCUGUAAAGACCCUCAGGAACAUCCCGGAAGAGUUUGCCAAGUUGACAGCAAAAAUUCCACCUUGCUGUGCAUCUCCUGUCCCAUUUGGAAUAUUUGAAGGGUGGUUUUCCACCCCUGUGUGGAUGGAGGGAACUGUUCCACCUGCACAAAAAUUCCAGAAGAUUCCCAGCUCCCUGUGUAGCCCCUCAGGAACAUCCCCAAAAAUUUGCCAACUUGGCAGAAGAAUUUUCCUCCUUUGCUGUGCUUUAGAGAAAGAAUUGUAAUAAUGAGGAUAUAAUUAUGAUAAAAUAAUUAUCCCUAAGGACCAGAGCAGUUAUCCAGGUGCUAAUUAAGGAAUUUUGUUAUUCCUGCAAAAAAUCUCGGCUAAUUAGAGCCACCCCCUCAGUAGCACUGGGCUGGCUCCUCUCAGGCAGGAAUUUUGGCAUUAAAAUCAAUAUUUUGCACAGGAAUGAAUCCCAAAUUCCGGUUUGGUUCCAUUCUGCGUCCUAUUCCAUGAUUCCAGCAGAAUGGUGGAAUUAGAGAAAUAACAGCAGAUGGAUUCAGGAAAGCUUUUCCAGGGAAACAGAGCUCAGUACAACCACAAGCUCCGGAGAAAAACAUCCCAGAAGAACAUCCAAGCUGCCUGGGAUUGUGCUUCCCAACUGAACAAAAGGGUGGGAAUUUGGGAUUUGCCCAGCUGGGAUUUCAGGCUGUGCCCCCAUCUGGACAUUCCCAUUUUGGAGCACCAUCGUUUCUGGAAAAUGCAGGAAAAACUGGAAAGAAAAAGGUUUUGCUUUUUU